GGUGACUGUAGGAACAGACGCAAGCUGCCGUCGCGCCGCUGCGGCCGCCUACUGUCAGUGUCACUUGUGACAGCUGAAGCCGACCGCCGCCGCCGACGGGAAUAUUGUCUGCACGCUCAGCUAACCUCUACCCAUUCACGCUUACGACGAAUCGCGGUCAACACGUGGCUUCCUAAUAUUAGAGCGCCUGAACAAACGCUUGUUUUCCGUACAUUGCACGCCCGGUACUGUGUAACGCCCACAUGAACUGAAAUUGCCAUCACAGAGCAUAAAUGUUUAUUUCAAAAGUCCGUGUGAAUACCAGCAAUGAGCAUCAGCCGCAACUGGAGAGAAUAUGUAGCAGCACUCAGUGCGACUCUGAUCACGGCGGCGGCGGGGACCACCGUAGGCUGGACGUCACCAACGCUACCAAUACUCCUAGCUCCAGACUCGCCUAUACAGACCACUGCCGACCAGAGCUCAUGGAUAGUCUCGCUCAUGAUACUAUGCUCGGCCGUCAGCCCCAUCCCCGCGUCAUACCUCGCCGACAGAAUCGGUACAAAGAAGACCUUACUCCUGGCAGCUGUUCCAUACAUUAUCGGCUGGAUCCUGGUUAUGCUAGCAGGCAACGUGCCAACCAUCUACGUGUCAAGACUCAUCUCAGGCCUGGGCUACGGCAUCGCUUACACCACCGCGCCCAUGUACUUAGGGGAGAUAGCUUCGGAUGAGUGCAGAGGUGCCAUGGCAACGCUCAUUACUGUUAUGUCCAAGUUUGGGAUCCUGUCACAGUACUGCAUCGGACCAUAUGUAUCCAUGCUGGCUUUGGCAAGCUUCAACAUCACAAUACCGAUUCUAUUCGUGGUAACAUUCACUACCAUGCCGGAGUCUCCAUACUACUUCCUCAAGUCGGGACAACCCGACCAAGCAGAGAGGUCAUUGAAGAGGUUACGAGGCAAAGGUUACGUGAGAGAGGAAUUGGACAGCAUGACCCAUUUAGUCAACGAGAAUAUGAAAGAAAACGGCAACUGGAAAGAUUUGAUCACCGUCGGCGGAAACAAGAAGGGUCUCAUAAUCCUCAUGGGGAUAUAUUUCACUCAGCAAUUCUGUGGCAGCACGGCGAUCAUAUCAUACGCGCAGCAGAUAUUUGGAGCAGCUGACGGUGGCAUGGGCGCUGAAGAAUCCUGCAUCCUCCUCGGAUCCGUGCAGCUGAUGACCUCGGCAAUAUCUUCGCAGUUAGUCGACAGACUCGGAAGAAAGCCGCUGCUCCUCAUAUCUUCCUGCGGCGUUGCCUUAGCCAACAUUAUUAUAGGGGCAUACUUCUUCAUGAAGCAUGAAAGCGAUGAGUACAUCGUCAGUGUCAGAUUCAUUCCUAUUGUUGUGAUUCCUAUAUUUAUAUUUUCAUACACGAUAGGUUUGGCCACAGUGCCUUUCGCUAUUACAUCUGAGAUCUUCCCGACGCACAUAAAAUCUAAAGCCACGUGCGUUAUACAGAUAUCCGUGGCUUUGAUGACAUUUGCUGUUACUAAGUUGUACCAAGUGGUAGCUGACAGUUUAGGGAACUAUACAGCAUUUUGGUGUUUUGGGGGACUGUCCGUUGCGGGUGUCGUGUUUAUACUGGUAAUGCUGCCAGAAACGAAAGGACAAUCGUUUGCGGCGAUACAGGAGAAAUUGUAUAGGAGUGAGAGAGAAGUUGUAUAUGAGAAACGAGAUGAUCACAACGGGGCAGCGGUUAGAAUUAAUAUUUGAAAUGCCUAGUAUUAUAGGAUCUCGGCAGAUUGUUUACUUAAGUAUUUAAACAAAUAAAACGUUUCCGCUUAAUGGUAGAAUGCAGAGCUUCAGUAGCUCUAUUUAUAAACACUACUGUAUCAAUGCAUAAACAUAGGAAGCACUUAAAGUUACCGUCCUCCUCAAGUUCGAGACAUUUCUGUGAUCUACGAUACAUUUAUAGUAACACGGUAGGUACUUAAUUUUACAGCAAUGCAUGUUAAUUAUAAUAUCCUGCCGGCGUUUGAAACCCUCUUCGUCAUCAAUACUAAACGUUUUCUAAACAAUUAUUAUAUUGUAAUUAUUUACUUCAAUACUAUAAUAAUAUUUACUAUAAAACAAUAAUAUUGCUUUGAAACGGCUUCCAAUUUGGUAUAUAUAAUCAUUUGUAAUAAUUUACUAAUAAAACACGUAUCAACAGGUUAGACCAAAAAUUUCGAAAUCAUGCAGCUGGUGGGGUCCAAUUAUUAUUUAUUAUUACGAUUACCUACAAUAGGUACAAUAGUUAACACUAUAUCGAAUAAUUAUUAGAAAUAAUAUACGUGAUAAUACCAGUGAUACUAAGGGGCCUAGUAAAAUAUGUAAAUCCCUGAAUAUUUUGUAUUAUUUUUUUAAUCUAUUACUUAUAAUGACAAGUUACAUUGUAAGUCCAAAUAUUACCAUCCAUGAAAUGAUAAUUUAAUAUUUACAUCUCGAUUGUGCCUUAAUUAUAACUUAUUAUGUAAUAUACUUAAAUAUGAUGAACAGUUUAAGUACAAUAGUAGAAUUAAGUCUACAUGAAUGUUAUGCAAAAGCUGCAACAAUAACUUACAAUAAGUAAUUUUUAACAUCUUGUUUAAAAAUACAAUACGAAUAUUUUAUUUUUAGUGUUUUAUAUUAAUAUAGGUAGUAUUUUAACCAAUAUGCAGCAUCAUUUGUAGUAUUUAUAUAUAUAAUUAUAUCCUGUUAAAUUAUAUGAAUUUGAAUUUAGCUUUUUAUCUAAGGAAAGGAAUAAGAAAUGUAUAUAAUAAAAAACUAAUGAGGCGUGUUAGCAAAAAACGGUUGUGAUAAAAAAUUACCAGGCUUUUUGUUGUUUCGUUUCGAUUGCUAUUUGUAUGUAUCCUGAUACAUACAAAUAGCAAUAGCAAAAAUUAUAUACAAUUUGAUCAAGAGCCUGCUCUUGAUCAAAUUGUAUAUAAUAUAAUAUAUAAACAUGUAUGUAUUAAUUGUUUCGACCAUCAUAAAACGCGGCAUCAAAAACGGCUUGCUAGGAUGGUUCACUAAGCUUUCUUAUAUAUUUACUGUGAAGUUGGUCUAAGAGAAAGCUUGGUGAGGCGUGGGUGCUUAGUUCAUAGUCCAACUAUUCCAAUUAGGAAUAUAAUCGUGAACUACUGAAUAUUAUGUUAAAUACAGAUUAUCACAAUACCACAACUUCUUCAGAAUCUCUAAAUAUAUAAGUAUUUUGUUACCAAACUAUUUUACUUACUAAAAGCUACUGUAAAAAUAUAUUUCAAUUAAUUUUAUAACAUUUUAAAUAUGUCUAUAUUUAUAUUAUUAUUGUGAUGAGUAACAUUCCGUUCAAAUUGUUUUUGAAAGUUUGUAAGGUUUAUUAAUCUUCCGUAUCCGAUGGUUUCUAAUUUUACUUAAAAUUGACGUCUUCGUAUAUCGUUCCUAUGAGUAGAUCGAAAAAGUUCUUGAACAUAAUUAUUUCUUCAAGUACAUUUUAAUAUCAAUAUACUCUUUCCACUGUCUCUUUUUCACUUCGACGACGAUUAUAGGUGAUUUGAAACCCUAAUGUGGUAUUUUUGAUUCAUAAACAAAAUUCCAAGAAUGAACUCUAAGUACAUAAAAUACCACGUGGACGAGUAUUCUCGGUAAUACCCUUUCACAAAAUGCGCAUUCAAAGUAACACAACUUAAAAUGUAUUGUGCCAAUAUUGAAAUACGAUUUUAACUUCAUUUUGUUUUAAAUCAUUAACAAUUGUUUCAAAUAAAAUGCUAUUGAGUUA